AUGAAUUUAGGAUAUUCUUCUGAUUCUCAAAGCAUGUAUAAUAAAGAACAACAGGAAUCUCCUGUAUGGAAAAAUUCUUCCAAUGGUAACUUAUCUUCUAGGUUACACAACGGACCAAAUUCAAAUUUGGAUAGAGUUAUAUUAUCCGAAAAAUCAGGAACUUCUUCACCUCAAGAUUUUGAAUUGAAAAAUGCUUCGAGAUCUGAAGAACUACGAGCCCCAACCAUGGCUUCUCAUCUACAUGCUUCUUUGACUCCAGAUGACGGUUUUGCAAGAACUGUGGCAGUGCAUAAUGAAUUUAGAAGUGUUACUGGAUUAGUUUAUCCUCCUGGUGAAGAAAGUAAAAAAGAGAAGGAUUUAAGAAUUAGGUUGAAUUUAACAUCUCCUGCUUCUUUACCUCAUACUCCUUCUACUAUGAGUUCCUUAACUCCUCGAAGUACGUCUAUUUCUUCAAUAAACAGAUCGAACACUCUAAGUACUUCAUCAAGAGGUCCAACUACAACUAAUAAGAAACUUGAUAGUAAGAAUGAUGGAGAAUUUGUAUGUCAUUAUUGUGACGCAUCUUUCCGUAUCAGAGGUUACUUAACUCGUCACAUUAAAAAGCAUGCCAUCCAAAAGGCUUAUUGCUGUCCAUUCUACAACAAAUCAAGCCCUCCAGAUAUCCGUUGUCAUACUUCUGGUGGUUUUAGCAGAAGAGAUACAUAUAAGACUCAUUUAAAAGUGAGACAUUUCAUGUACCCCGAUGGUGUCAAGCCUCAAGAUAGAUCUAAAUCUUCUGGUCACUGUGCCCAAUGUGGUGAAUUUUUUGAAAAUACAGAAAAUUGGGUAGAACAACAUAUUGAAACUGGUAAUUGUAAAGGUCUUCCGGAAGGUUUUUUACAAUCAAUAAAAUGUGAAAGAAGAUCAGGUAAACUGAGAAUGAUUAGAACGUCUAAUGGGAAUUCCAGGUUUAUAUCUACAGCUCAGAGUGUCGUUGAACCAAAAGUUCUUUUGAAUAAGGAUGCGUUGGAGGCAAUGGCAAUCGUGGCCAAUAAUUCAACAAACAAUAAUAUAAUAUCGAAAUUUGGUGAAGAUUCGAUUGCUAUGACAUUAGAUGAUGUAGAUUCAAAAAUGUUGAAGAAGAGCAGCAGUAGAUCAAAGAGUUCCUCGACAUUGAAAAGAAAAAAUAUUACAAGCGAAGAAAAAUUGUUUAGUAAUAAAAAUUUAAAUCCAGAGCUAACAUCAAUCUCAAGUUCAAGUAUCAAUUCUUUGCAGCAAUUGAAAGAAGACUUUGUAACAAGAGAAGAAUUUGAACCAUUGGAUUUACCAAGCACAACACUGCAUAGAUUGGUUUCAGCUCCUACAAAUGAGGAUAAAUUCAUAAACGAUUUACACAAUACCAAACAAACUAUUACACUUCCGAUGGAUUUAGAAGAAUUUUACGGCGGAGAUGAUCCAUUUAAUAUACCUCUAGACUUCGAGCAAUGUCCUGUUAUGAACAAUGUUCCUUCCUUUGAAGCAGAUUUAAAAUUCAAAAACGGAGUUCAAAACGUCGAUAAUUCAUCAAUCAAAACAGUAUUUGAUGCUAUUUUAGAUGAAACUACAGAUCCAGCAUUUCUCUCAGAAUCUCAACUAAAAGCAGACGAUGAAUAUUUAAAUUUCUAUAACUUCACGUAUGGAUCAAACCUGUGA